AUGGAAUUGCAAGAACGAGACCGAGGACAAUCGUCGACAGUUAAGAAGGAAUCUGAGGUGUGGCGGUCCCUAUGGAAUCUCUCUGUUCCUAACCCAGUUAAAAUUUUCAUGUGGCGUGCUUGCAGCAACAUCCUUCCUACCAAGCAGAAUCUGUUUAAACGACAGGUGGUAGAGGAUGAUAGAUGUCCCUGGUGUAGGCAAGAGGAGGAAACGAUUGUUCAUGCUCUGUGGUCCUGUCCAGCUGCACAGGAUGGCACUAUUGAAGAUCCAAAUAAUACACAUGCAGCUGCGGUGUCUAAUGUUGAUGAAUUCAAGAGAUGUAUGCAACAGGAUGAACCGAUUUCGAGUCCAAUGUUGGGAGAUGCACAGAUGCCUAGUUUUUGGAAACCCCCUCCACCAGGUGUUAUUAAGAUAAAUUUUGAUGCAGCCAUGAAUAAACAGGCCGGUUUCUUGGGCAUUGGCAUUGUGGCAAGAGACUGUAUGGGUAAUCUUUUGGGGGCAAAACGACUGACAGUGAGACUGGCCACUAACUCUCAUAUAGCAGAAUUUAUGGCAGCAUCCCAUGCAGUUAUUUUCACUAGGGAAGUGGGUUUCUUUGAUGUGAUCUUUGAAGGUGAUGCCAUGAAGGUUAUCAAGGAAGUGAAGUCUAGCCCGCCUUAUUAUUCCUGA